GGCACCUCCACUACACCUUACACCAAGGAAGAGGAGGAGAAGAUGGCCGUCAUUCUGAGGGAAAUGAAAGAGAAGAAAGAGGCCAAGAAAAAGGCCCUACAGGAGGAGCAGGCGGCAAAGUUGAAAAAGAUAGAGGAGGAGAUGGCCAGGGAGACGGAGAGGUUGAAGAAAGAAGAAGAAGCGAAGUUGAAAGAGGUGGAAGAAGAAGAGGAGGAAGAUGAUCAGCCACUGGAAAGGAGAAGAGAGCAACGAGGGCAGUACAGUGGCAGCAAGAGUGAGGAGAUGGAGAAGAGGAUCUCAGAAUGGGUCGCCACUUAUCCUUGGGGGAAGAAGAAGAGGUAGCCAUGUACAUCCCCAAGGGUGAGCAGGAAGCCGCUAUGAAGGAGUGGGAAGCAGAAGGAGAUGCUCUGAAGCGGCAGGCGAUGGAAGAUGAGAAGAGGAUGGAAUGGAAGUUAAGGAUGAUGAGGGAGAAGAAGAAGAAGGUGGACGCGGCGAGUGAAGCGGUCAAAGAUUUAGAGGAGGUGCAAAAACUGACUCUACAAUUGACCCCUCAUGUAGACCUCCAACAAAAGGUAGAGAUCAUUGCCCAGAGUGUUGAGCGUUUGGCCCGAAUACAGGAACAACAAUAUGAGUUUAGUAGAAGUCAGGAUAUGGCCGUGCGUUCGAUGCGGAUAACAUAUCGGGACUUUGCUCACGAAUUGGUAGGCGUAGUAGGAGCCGAGGUGAAUCAUCGCCUCGAGAAGACUGAACGCUUCUGCGUCGGCGCCAUUAAAGGCAUCAAGGCGGCAGCUCCCAAGGAGGAAGAGGCACGUCCUCGCCGGGAGCCAGUCAAAGUCGAGUUCCCUAAUUCCUACUGUGGAAAAAUAGAAGAAAACUUUGACAAUUGGGAAGCCAAUGUCAAGACCUCUGUGCAUUUGCAACAGGUCUCCCCAGAUCAGCAUAUGUUGAUUGCGAUUCACGCGCUUAAAGAUGAAGCCACCAGUUUCGCAAGGUCCCUCGUCCGCGCCGCCAACUGCAAUGAAGAUGCAGUUGCGUACUCCACAUUCACCCCCCUCGCCGAGUUUAUGAAAUUGUUGCGCGAGCGAUUUGCUGAUGUCGCUCACAGUGUCAAAGCCUCAGAUAAACUCCAAACAAUCCAUUCUCGUAAGUGGAAGAGCGACAGGGCACUUAAGAGCACCAUGGACGAAUUAGUGGUUGUACCUGACCACAGGGUCACAAACACCCAGUCGGUCGGCCUCUUCUAUUGGGCUAUGCCCGAAGCCUUUCGAGGGCAUUUCUUCGCAAAGAGCGAAGAUCCUGCCACCACGUAUGAUUCCCUUAGCCGUGAAGUGGUGGCUUUUGAGGCAAAGUCGGUGUCAAUUUCUACAUUCAGGCACAAAGACUUAGAUAGAGGGAAGCAAUGGAAAGGCCGCACUAUCUCAGGGCAAGUUAAGACUAAGGAUAGUCUUGUCCUGGCCUUAGACGAAGGUAGCGUCGACAAGAUCCCCUACGAACAGAUUGAAUGGGGGUUAGAGGAUGAGGACAGCGGUGCGAGUCAGGGGAGAACUUACGCAACUGUCGUGGCUGGAGGGAGGCCUCAAGGAGGAGGACAAGGCCAGGGCCAAGGGGGCCGGGCCUCAGGGAGCCGGUUUCAGGGCGAUCAGGGGGUUGGCGGCAGAGGAGGAAAACCGCCAAGCGGGAGGAAGGUGUCAAGGUCCCCCGCAAAACCGUCCUAGGAAUAGGUCUCCCUAUAGGGUAGA